GUUACGCUGGGGUGUACCAGUGUUCCUGCUGGGACUGAGGCCCAGAGAUUCCUGGUUAGGGGGUGUUGUGCCUGUGCUGAGGGUCAGGUGGAUCACCAUAUUUGGGACCAGGAAAGAAUUUUCACUUCAUGGUCAGAUUGGUAUUAACUGUACGGGAUUUUGACUUCCUCUGUAGUGAAGGGCAUGAUCCUCUUCCUUGAAUCUGAAGUACAUUUUACCAGACCUUGCAGCAAUAGGACACUAACUGCUGUUGUCCCCCUGCUUUGUGUGUGUGGCAGGUUUUGGCAGCAGAAAGGAAUCUAAUGUUUCAAACUAUAAAUAUUUACAAUUUCUUCUUGUGACCAACAAAUCUCAACAUGGAGACGUAAGCUCCUUAGAAGGGACUUCAGUCUGAACUCUGGGAGGUAGUUUUGUGCACAAAUAAAGAAACUAAGAAGCUAACAGUGCCUAUAUUGACCAGCAAGGAUUCUGUUUGCUUUAUAAACAUGGCUUACAGGACCAAUGAAGUUAAUAUACACAAGAUAUUGGAAUAUUACAACAAAAAGCCAUCUAGCUAUAUUAAACACCAUAAUGAUACAAUUGUGACCGAACAACCUGGCUAAAAUUAUGUUGCCUAACUGUACUGAGCAUGUUAUGAAAGCAAAAGCUUUGGAGUUAUUCCAAACCAGUUGUUCAGGGCAAGAUAUUCUUGUCAUUAAUGGUAUGCAGGGACCAUUCUUACUAUAACUACAUCUUUUGUUUUACAUAAGGUAGAUAUAAACUUAGAUUUAUUUUGUUUAUGGUGUCUUGCAUAUUUUGGAUGAAAACUGCUGUAAAAAGCAUGGGUUGUCUUGUUUGGCAGCCUAAUGAUGUGAAAAUAUACAUUGGGUUGUCUAGGAGCCCUCCUAUUUGUGCCUAUGAACAAAAUAAACUUGUUUUAAAUUUUUCAACUAAAAUUUCAGGAUAGUUGUGACACCUUAGCAAAUAAUAACCUUUAAAAUGUAUGAAAACUUCAUUUUAAUUAGAUACAUAGCAAUAUCUUUUAAACAAUGGCUGAUUCUUUUUUAACAUCAGAGCUUUAUUUCAAGAUACAGGUGUAUCCCUUUUAGUUUCUUUAUUAGUAGGAGGUUUUGAUCAACUUCCUCUUCUUCCCCAGCUGGUGGGUAUUCCUUUUCUUACAGACAUACAGGUUUCCCUCACUUUAUGCUGUACAUCUGUUCCUGGAAAAUGACUCAUAAUUCAAAUGCGCAUAAAGGGAACCGACUUUACAAUGUAACAAAUAGGGAUAUGGUCCAAUACCUUGUCUGUUCUGAUCCCUAUACCCAUUGCUACCACUUUUACAAGACAGUUUUGGUACUCACCAACAGCAGACACUACGCACAAGCACAGGGCACUACCAUAAGGCAACUACAGAAACACGUGUUGCAGACUAUGAACAAGGAGCACAGAUCCACACGGGAGACUAUAUUUUGGUGUGUGUCACUCCCACAAUGCACCGCACAAAGCAGCCUGACUGCAGGCUUCUACCACACCAAUUGCAUAAGAGUGAAUUUACCUUGCAUAUAAUGAAUCUUUGGUAUAAAAGGGUUAUCAAAUAAGAGUGAAUUCACACAUGCAGAACCUGCCUAAAGGGAGGGAAACCUGUAAAUGGUAAGGAAAAUGUCUGAUACAUUAUGUAAGGACUAUCUGUACAUGCCAGACGGAGGAUAUAAACUUUACCUGCUAAGUAAUUUUGCAGCAGGCCUCUUCAAGCAUUUCAAACUUUUUAAUGUAUAACUAACUUUAUUUACAUGUGUAUUCCAAGUUAUAAACCAAAGUGUUUCACCUCCAGGUCCUUACUGUAAUAUGGCUCAGGGGUUAUUCAAAAUCGCCUACAAUGCACAAAACUACCUCCCAGAGAAAGACUUGUCCCAUUCUUCCACAAGAAAAAAAAAAGUUCAACAUGAACAUAAUGGAAAAUAGCCCGUUCCUGGCUAACAUGAUGAAAUACAGUGCUUUGUGUGAACUGAAGUAUGACUUGUCAUGUGAACUCUACAGAAUGUCUACAUUUUCUACUUUCCCCACCGAUGUGCCAGUGUCUGAAAGGAAUCUUGCUCGGGCUGGGUUUUAUUACACUGGUGUUAAAGAUAAAGUUAAAUGCUUCAGUUGUGGCUUGAUGUUGGAUAACUGGAAAAAAGGAGAUAAUGCAAUGGAAAAACACAAACAGCUCUAUCCUAGCUGCAGCUUCAUUCAGGGAUUGCUUUUAUUAAACAACCUUGGAUCAUCCUCUCAUUCUGCCUUUUCACCUCCGGCCACAACGAGCAGCCUGUCGCCACCUUUACAUUCCAUAACCCUGGCUCCAAGUUCAGAUGAAAUUGGUUACUUCAAUUGCUCUUUUUCUAGUGUUCCUCAAGUCCCAAUAACUUCUAGAGCAGUUGAAGACGCAUCAUUUUUGAGACCCAGGUUUUAUAAUCCUACAAUGAGCACAGAAGACGCCAGACUGCGCACUUUUCAGAUGUGGCCUCUGACUUUUCUGUCACCAACGGACCUAGCAAAAGCUGGUUUUUACUACACAGGGCCAGCAGACAAAGUUGCUUGCUUUACCUGUGGUGGGCAACUGAGUAACUGGGAACCAAAGGAUAAUGCCAUGUCAGAGCAUCAAAGACACUUUCCUAACUGCCCUUUUGUGGAAAAUCAAACUCGAGAUCAAACAGGUUUCUGCGUUUCUAACCUGGAGAUGCAAACCCAUGAGGCACGUGUUAACACUUUUAUAAACUGGCCAACUAGAAUUCCCGUUCGACCUGAACAGCUUGCAAAGGCUGGCUUUUAUUACGUAGGUCGCAAUGAUGAUGUCAAGUGCUUCUGCUGUGAUGGUGGAUUGAGGUGCUGGGAGUCUGGAGAUGAUCCCUGGAUUGAGCAUGCCAAGUGGUUUCCAAAAUGCGAGUACCUGCUGCGUGUUAAAGGCAUUGAGUUUGUUAGUCAAAUUCAGGCAAGGUUUCCCCAUCUUCUUGAACAGCUCUUGUCAACAUCUGAUACUCCUGUAGAUGAAAAUGCAGAUCCAUCAAUUAUUCAUUUUGAACCUGGAGAAAGCCGGUCCGAAGAUGCAAUCAUGAUGAACACCCCUGUAAUUAAAGCUGCUUUGGAGAUGGGGUUUAGCAGAAGAUUAAUAAAGCAGACAGUUCAGAGUAAAAUCUUAGCCACUGGAGAAAAUUAUAAGACAGUUAACGAUCUUGUGUCUGAUCUGCUUACUGCUGAAGAUGAAAAGAGGGAAGAAGAGAGGGAGAGGCAGUCUGAGGAAGUGGCUUCAGAUGAUUUGUCGCUAAUCAGGAAGAAUCGAAUGGCUUUGUUUCAGCGUUUGACCUGUGUGUUUCCAAUCCUGGAGAGUUUACUGUCAGCUAAAGUUAUAACUGAACUUGAACAUGAUGUUAUUAAACAAAAAACCCAAACGCUAUUGCAAGCAAGGGAAGUGAUUGAUACAAUUUUAGUGAAAGGAAAUUCAGCAGCCAACAUAUUCAGAAACUGCCUACGAGAGUGUGACCCCAUAUUGUACAAAGACUUAUUUGUGGAAAAAAGCAUGAAGUAUGUCCCCAUAGAAGACAUUUCAGGUUUACCCAUGGAAGAGCAGCUGAGGAGGCUACAGGAGGAAAGAACCUGUAAAGUGUGCAUGGACAAAGAAGUUUCAAUUGUAUUUAUUCCAUGUGGUCAUUUAGUGGUGUGCAAAGAAUGUGCACCUUCCCUUCGAAAAUGCCCUAUUUGCAGGGGGACGAUCAAGGGUACAGUUCGUACGUUCCUUUCAUGAGGAGGGAAACCUGUGCAAGGUUUGCUCAUGUUCCCGUGGGAUCCUUGCAUUGCUCAAGACUAAGCCAAUGGUGUCUUAAGAAUGGAAAUUCUGGUAAAUUGCUUACUUCAUAUGUACUGUUGGGCAAUAAUGGACUGUUGUCAUUGUACUCAUUUUAGACCUUAUUCUGCCAAAUAGUAAUGAAGAGCUUGUUUUUCCAUUGUUUUUGGAGAGAUUUACACAAGCUGUUGAAUUCUCUUGUUGAAGUAACUUUUUUUUCUCCCAGAAGGUUAAGUAAAGGAGAGAGUCCUUUCAUAAGCAUAACCUCACUCUGAUCUGGAGAGAGGUUCUUUACUGAUCAAGCACAUUGUUUUGAUAGACUUGAUUUUUAAA